AUGAAGAAGUAUAUCUAUAUUCAGUUCAGCACACUACCGCACUUCACAGUCCAAAUUGACAGUGACAGCAUCGUCAUGAUGGCAGAUUCUGGUUCUAGUAUCAACAUUAUCGAUGAAAAGGACUAUCAACGUGAUGGUGGAUCACUUUUUCGUUGGAAAACUUCUCAACAACUGAAUUUAAUCCAACCUACCUGUAGUGUGCACAUAGUAGAGAACUUUACAGACAAGUUAAUAAACGAAUUCAGUGACAUAUUAUGUGGUGUUGGGAAACUCAAGGACUAUCAGGUACAUCUUCAUAUUGAUGAGACAGUGAUCCCAGUAGCUCAAGGUACUCGCAGAGUUCCAUUUCAUGUCCGGAAAGAUCUUGAGGAACAAUUGGCACGUGAUGAAGAACUUGGCAUCAUUGAGUAA